AAGAAGAAGCUGGUGGGAUCAGUAAAGGCUUUGCAGAAACAGUACGUGUCCUCAGACACGGUGGUCACCAGUGAAGAUGGAGAUGCCAACACCAUGUGCAGUGCCCUGGAAGCUGUGUUUAUCCAUGGGCUGCAUGCCAAGCACAUCCGAGCGGAGGCCGGUGGAAAGAGGAAGAAAAGUGCCCACCAGAAGCCUCUGCCUCAGCCUGUCUUCUGGCCUCUCCUGAAGGCUGUCACCCACAAACACAUCAUCUCAGAGUUGGAGCACCUGAUCUUUGUCAACACGGAUGUGGGCCGUUGCCGGGCCUGGCUUCGACUGGCCCUCAAUGAUGGACUGAUGGAGUGCUACCUGAAACUGCUUCUCCAGGAGCAAGCCCGGUUGUGCGAGUACUAUCAGCCCACAGCCCUGCUUCCAGAUGCUGAGGAGGGCGAGUUUCUCCUUAGCUUCCUGCAGGGACUAACGUCUCUGUCCUUUGAACUCUCCUACAAGUCUGCCAUCUUAAAUGAGUGGACACUCACCCCAUUGGCCCUCUCUGGGCUUUGCCCACUCUCUGAGCUCGACCCUGUCACUACCUCUGGUGCAGAACUACAGCGGAAGGAGUCUCUGGAUUCAAUUUCCCAUUCCUCGGGCUCAGAGGACAUUGAAGUCCAGCACUCAGGCCAUAAGAUCCAACGGAACAGGAAGCUCACUGCCUCCUCCCUCAGCCUUGACACGGCCAGUUCAUCCCAGCUGUCCUGCAGCCUGGACUCUGUUAGCUGCCUACUCCAAGAAAAAGGCUCCAAGAGUCCAGACCGUUCUGAGGAGCCCAUGUCCUAUGACUCAGACCUGGGGCCAGCAAAUGCUGAUGAUGCAGACCAGUCUCUGCAAAAGGUGUUGUCAGAAUUCAGCAAAGCCCAGGUAAACUCUGUGCCAACCAGCGGACUGAGCCGAGAAGCCGAGACUUCUGCUCUCCAGGCCUCACUCUCACUCUGGGGCCUUGACACCAGUGCACGCCUGAAUUGUGGUGUGUCUGCUGAGCCCCUCCCUGCCCAGGCAUGCUCUCGGACUCCAGAUGGUGACCACAAGCAGAUGUCUGGCACUCUGGGCUUGCUGCAGCUGGACACUGCCCAAACUGCCCCUCCAGGGGACACUUCAGCCCAGAAACCUUCUGGUCCUAUGAGAGAGAAGACCAGGGCAAUCCGCCAAGGAAGUGGCCCAGAGAAGCCUCUAGAGGGUGACAGAGGUGGACUGAACCUUGUGGUUUCCUCGCCUACCAGUCCGAAAAGCAAGAGCUGGAUCUCAGAAGAUGAUUUCUACCGGCCUUCCCAGGAGCCACCCCCAGAGAGCCUUUCAGAUCACUGCACAGCUUCAUCCAAAGAGACUCCAGAGUCAAGGCCUCGUCUCCACAGGCAUUUUUCUCAAGGGCCAAGAAAAAGCCACUCCAUGGGGGCCUUAGACAAAGCUUGUGUGCCUUCCCCAGGAAGCAGGGAAACCAAGGCAGCCCCUGCACAGGAGCAUAAGAACUUCUGGGUGGUACACCGGAGGCAGAUGGGGCUGUCCAACCCAUUCCGGGGCCUCAUGAAGCUGGGCACAGUGGAACGGCGGGGGGCCAUGGGCAUCUGGAAAGAACUCUUCUGCGAGCUGUCACCAUUGGAGUUCCGCCUCUACCUGAGCAAUGAGGAGCGCACCUGUGUGGAGAACUGCUCCCUGCUGCGCUGUGAGUCUGUGGGGCCAGCCCACAGCGAUGGGCGCUUUGAGCUGCUCUUCUCUGGCAAGAAGCUGACCCUGCGUGCCUCCUCGCAGGAUGAAGCCGAGGACUGGCUGGACCGGGUGCGGGAGGCCCUGCAGAAGUGCCGGCCUCAGCAGGAGGAUGAGUGGGUGAACAUCCAAUACCCAGAAGAGCCGGAGGAUAUCCCCGCGAUCCCCCAGGGUGGCCUUCCCCCCUACUCAGACCCUCUCUCAGAGCCUGAGACCUUCCAGGGCACACAGUUUGAUUGGUCAUGUGCCCAUGUUCCAGAGCCAGAUGCUAUUAAGGAAUCCCUUCUGUACCUAUACUCAGACAGGACCUGGGUGCCCUAUAUUUUUUCCCUAUCCUUGGAGUCCCUGAAAUGCUUCCGCGUGAGAAACAACGAGAAGAUGUUGAGUGACAGCCAUGGAGUUGAGACCAUCCGAGACAUUUUGCCAGACAUGAGCCUUGGGGGCCCGUCCUGCUUUAAAAUUAUCACAGCCAAGGCUGUCCUAAAGUUACAGGCUGGGAAUGCUGAUGAGGCCACCCUGUGGAGGGAUCUGGUACGCAAGGUCCUGACGUCCUACCUGGAGAUAGCUGAGGAGGCAGUGACACUUGGUGGGAGUCUGGAUGAAAGCUGUCAGGAGGUGCUGAAGUUUGCCACGAGGGAAAACGGUUUCCUGCUGCAGUACCUGGUGGCCAUCCCCACGGAGAAAGGCCUUGACUCCCAGGGCUGCUUCUGUGCAGGCUGCUCCCGACAGAUUGGCUUCUCAUUUGUACGACCCAAGCUCUGUGCCUUCUCUGGCCUCUAUUACUGUGAUAUCUGUCACCAAGACGAUGCCUCAGUGAUUCCAGCCAGGAUCAUUCACAACUGGGAUCUCACCAAGCGCCCGAUCUGCCGACAGGCCCUGAAGUUCCUGACACAGAUCCACACCCAGCCCCUCAUCAACCUGCAGCUGGUGAACGCAUCUCUGUAUGAGCAUGUGGAGCGGAUGCGCCUCAUUGGGAAGAAGCGGGAACAGCUGAAGCUUCUGGGGGAUUACCUGGGCCUGUGCCGAAGUGGGGCCCUGAAGGAGCUAAGCAAGAGACUCAACCACAGAAAUUAUCUCUUGGAGUUUCCCCACAAGUACAGCAUUGCUGACCUCCAGCAGAUUGCAGAGGGCAUGUACGAAGGAUUCCUCAAGGCCCUGAUUGAGUUCGCCUCCCAGCACGUCUAUCACUGCGAUCUGUGCACCCAGCGUGGCUUUAUUUGCCAGAUCUGCCACCACCAUGACAUCAUCUUCCCCUUUGAGUUUGACACCACGGUCAGGUGUGCCGAGUGCAAGACUGUCUUCCACCAGAGCUGCCAGGCCAUGGUGACCGAGGGCUGCCCCCGCUGUGCUCGCCGGCGCAAGUACCAAGAACAGAACGUUCUCACCUAA